UCAAGUGACAUCAAAUGUCAUGUUUGUUCGAAAUUGUCCAAAAUGGCCGAGACAGAAACUGAUAAUAACAGUAUUGUACGGCCCGAAAAAAAUAAUAAGGGCACAGUAACUAAUAAUGGACCCCGUCGCGUUACUAUAUACAAGACAGAAACCGGCUUCGGUUUCAACGUUCGCGGCCAAGUUUCCGAAGGCGGGCAGUUGAGAUCGAUCAAUGGUGAACUUUAUGCACCUUUGCAGCAUGUUAGCGCCGUUCUGGAGCAGGGUGCAGCUGAGCAGGCCGGCAUAAGAAAAGGGGAUAGGAUCCUAGAAGUCAAUGGGGUGAAUGUAGAGGGCGCCACACACAAGCAAGUGGUCGACCUGAUAAAGUCGGGCGGCGACUGUCUCACUCUCACAGUCAUCUCUGUCACACAGAAGGAGGCAGAGCGGCUGGAGCCAUGCGACGACGGCUCAGCACCGGUGGGCGUCAUCGGCGGCGCGGCCAACUCGCGCGCGACCGUGUACCAGCGCUACGACUACACGGACAAGCGCUCGCUGCCGGUGUCCAUCCCCGACUACCGGGUGGUGAUGGAGAGGAACACUGGUCGGAGUUACGUCGCCUUCAACGUGCACAUGGCGGGCCGGCAUCUCUGCAGCCGCCGCUACAGGGAGUUCGCCGCGCUGCAUCAGCUGCUGAGGAAAGAGUUCCUAGGCUUUAACUUCCCGAAGCUGCCGGGGAAGUGGCCGUUCACGCUGAGCGAACAGCAGUUAGAUGCUAGGAGGAGAGGCCUCGAACAGUAUUUAGAAAAGGUUUGCGCGGUCCGCGUGAUAGCGGAGUCAGACGCCGUGCAAGAGUUCCUCACAGACUCGGAUGACUCGUCCAACCCGUCGCCUGUGGAGUUAAAGGUACUAUUACCGGAGAAGGAAGUGGUGUCGGUGUCGGUGCUAAAGUCGACGAACGCGGAUGACGUGUACCGCGCAGUGUGCGAAAAGAUCGGCCUGUCCAAAGCUGUGCAGAGCUACUUCUACCUGUUCGAGAUCGUCGAAUAUAACUUCGAGCGCAAGCUGCAGCCGAACGAGUGUCCCCAUUCCCUGUACAUCCAGAACUACUCCACCGCCUCCAGCAGUUGCCUCGCCAUCAGGAAGUGGCUGUUCAGCCCUGAGCGAGAGAUAUCCGUCAUCAAGGAAGACGAUAAGGCUGCGUCGUUUAUAUUCUGGCAGGCGGUGGAAGACGUAAACCGCGGCGUUUGCGUGGCGGGCGCUCGUCUGUACCAACUGAAGGCCCUGCAGGAGGUGCGGAGAGCGCCGGACUACCUCGCCCUGGCGCGGACGCUGCCCGGCUACGGCGACAUCGCCUUCCCUCCGGCUCGGACAGACUGCCGCGCCACGCCCGUCGUCGCGAUCACCGUCGGUUGGAGCGGGCUGAAAUUGUCAGCGUGGUGCGAGAGUGAGAACACCUGCGCGGGCGCAUCCGCGACCGUGCCGUGGAGUGACGUCAGGGAGUGGCGCGCGGACGACGAGGCGGCGGCCGCGAGGCUCGCCUACCGCCGCAGAGAGCGCCCGCCGCGUACUCUCGCGCUCUACACGCCAUACUACCAGUUUCUAUGCAACUGCAUGGAUCGAAUAGCAGAAGAAGCGAACUGGGUGGACACCGGGGAAUAGAACCUCGUCCUUCUAGAACCUUCUAGAGUAAGCUAACCGACGGUAUUACGCCAACACCGCCGCCAUUGCAGAUCAGCUCACUUUUGAUUCUGUUAACGUUAAAACCAGGAACGGUUGCACUUAAAAAAAAGAAUAUUAAUCAUAAUAUUCCUUUUUUUAAUCCCUCUAACUAAGCGUAAGGCUUGUGUUAGAAGUAGGUUCGAUAAUAGUGCAACGGGUGGGGUUCGAAUCGGCGACCAUUUUGAUUUCAGUCCGCCCCUUUAACCAUUGAGCUAUUGAGGCUCUGUCAAUAUCAUAACAAAGAAAAAUGAAAAAUUGCACCAAUUUUUACUCAUAUAGAAAGUAUACAAAACUUAUACAGAAAAGACUUUUUCUUAUUCAUGCGACUAAAAAUAAUGCCGUUUUCCACAUUGAUAGAUGGUACGAUUUUUGGUCCUGUCCAUUUUCCCAGUUUGUUUUGAAGUUUUGUAUACAAUAGAAAUUAAAAUGGCGGCGUCAAGAUCCUAUUUAUGUAUCAUAUAUACAGAGUGUUCUAUUUAAGUGAGACAGUUGGAAUAGAUUUCAAAUCUGAGUUCCAAAACAAACUAUUUUGCGCUUCUUAACCUUUUCUUUUGAGAUCAAUUAUUUUGAUUUGAUUUUUAACCGACUUUGAAAAAGGAGGUUAUCAAAUCAGAAAAAAGUAAAAACUAUUUGCUGUUUAUUAUUGAAUAAAAUUAAUAAAUAAAAAUAUGUUUUAUUCAAAUAAACUAAGUAGGUACUUUUAAAUCGUCAAGUGCGUACUACUACCACUGGUUCGGAAUGCUCUUCAAAAUUUCGUCACAUUCAAAAAGGACACCCUGUGUAAUAUUAUUGUAAUUAAUGUGAUUUAUUUUAUAGAAUUAAUUAAUUAUUUAACAAUAAUUAUCGGGAAUAUUUUAGACGAUUUAUUAUUAUAAUAUUAUGUCUGUGGUUAUUAGGGUUGCCAUGUAAGCCGUGACACUGUGAUAGGUUUUUUUUUAAUUUUUUUAUUGGUAAAUAUUUUUUAAUGUAAGUAUGGCGCAGGUGAAAUUUUUAAACGAUGGUAUAGAUGAUUUAAACUGAAAAAGGGUAGUUGACCAGAACUUAUUUUUUUUAGUAAAAUAACUGUUUUUUUACACCCAUCGCAGUUUGACCUUUUUUAGUCUUUAUUAAAUGGGUAAAAAACUACGAACUCGCCCAAAGUGAAACAAGCGAAAAAACGGAGUGGUGAAAUAUACGUAAUUGGCUGGCUGGGCAGCGCGUAUUGCUUAAAUGAGUGAGCGAGACAAACACAAGAUUUCAAAAAUGCGUAAGAAAGCUUCUCUUCUGUCUGGUGUCUUAGGACAUGUCACAGUUUUUUUUUUUUUUUUUUAAUAUUUACCUAUAAUUACUAUAACAGCGAUAGCGUGGCUAGUUCUGUUAUUUUUGAACUAAAAUGAUCGGUCUAG